AGUUUAGAGGAGGCCAUUGAAGCAAAAAAUAAUUUAAAAAUAGUUGAAAUUGAUAAUGAUGAAAAUACAAUUGAAGAAUACUUAAUGCCUUUUAAAAAGAAAGGAGUAGAAAAAAGAAAAGAGGUAGAAAACAAAGAAGGAAAAGAAACUUAA